AUGGCAUCUGCACAGGUCGCGCACUCCAUUGACAUCCCCGCAGUUUGGAAGGGUCUUGAAUGGGCAUGUCCGACCAAUGAAAACUUUGCAGGCCACCGCGAGUGCUUUCACAAUGCAGGUAACGACCGAAAUCUGAUUUUGGCCUCCAUCGGUGCGGGGACCUCCAACUGGCACUUCAACGCUGGGGGCCGCUUCGACGAUGGGCAUCAACGGCACAUCUGUGCAUGCGGUGCUGCUCGCCCAAGCCGACCUCACCUGGUUUGGGCUUGCCCUCAUUUUCGUGGUCUGCGGGCUGACGUUCAGCUCCCGGAGAACACUGCGCAGGAGCGCCUCUUUGCCAUGGAGGUGGGCUGCUAUCCGGAGCACCUCGUCGACCUCCUCGGCACUUACGCUGCGGACCGCGACCUCUACUUGGCCACGGACGGCUCGAGCAAGGACGGCGUGGGCUCCUCGGGUGUCGCCAUCCAGCAUCCUGACACGGUUGGGGAUUUCCUGCCGCCUGGCGGAGUGUGCAUUGCGACCAUUGAAAAGGACCAAACCCCUUACAGGAUGGAGGUGCAGGCCAUCGCCCUGGCACUCGAGGCCGUGAUCGCUGUGAUCCAGGCUUCUUCUCCCGGCUCUUUGGUGCAACGGCGUCGGCUCGUCCUCGUCGUGGACUGCCAGGCUGCGAUUCGGGCGAUCCAGAGCAACAACGGCUUCGACUACGCGCUCUUGCUCGACACUAUUCGUGGUUACCUCAAGAAGCUUCGCGACGGCCAGCUCGAGGUCAUGUUCAUCUGGACGCCGUCGCAUGACAAAAAGCUUGGGUGGACCCCGCCGCUUGGGCUUUCGGCCGCUCGGCUCAGGGCCCUCAACGAGGCGGCGGACAAGGCGGCUGCAGCUUCCAUGGGACAGCGGAUCGGCAAGGCGUACCAUGACUACCUGCAGACCUUGGGCACCCGCCCGGGUUGGCAUUUUAUCCGACCAAUGAGGGCUCCCAAGGUACGGUGGCGUCGGGUCUACCUCGUCGUCGACUGCCAGGCGGCGAUUCGGGCGAUCCAGGGCGAGCAGGGCUUCGACUACGCUCUCCUGCUCGACACGAUUCGGCGUUACAUCAAGAAGUUUCGCGACGGCAAGUUGGAAGUCGAGUUUGUCUGGACACCGUCCCAUGGCAAACAGCCCACCUGGGCACCUCAUGGUGGCCUGUGCGCUACGCAGCUCCGUGCUCUCAAUGAGGCUGCGGACAAAGCGGCACAGGCAUCGAUGGAACGACGUUGGCCUACCGAGGACUUCGGCACGACCUACAUCUUGUUCUGCCUCUUCGGCGUGAGCUCAUCUGACCUCUUCGUAGCCACGGACGGCUCCAGCAAGGAUGGCGUGGGCUCCUCGGGCAUUGCUGUUCAGCAUCCUGACUCGGUAGCUGCUUUCGGCGAUGGGCUGGAGGAUCAGAGCCCGUACAGGUACGUCGUCGUCGACUGCCAGGCGGCGAUUCGGGCGAUCCAGGGCGAGCAGGGCUUCGACUACGCUCUCCUGCUCGACACGAUUCGGCGUUACAUCAAGAAGUUUCGCGACGGCAAGUUGGAAGUCGAGUUUGUCUGGACACCGUCCCAUGGCAAACAGCCCACCUGGGCACCUCAUGGUGGCCUGUGCGCUACGCAGCUCCGUGCUCUCAAUGAGGCUGCGGACAAAGCGGCACAGGCAUCGAUGGAACGACGUUGGACGGGCUCUCACCGGCGUGCCUAUGCACAACGAGCACGUCAUGCACAACAGUGGGAAACUCAGGCUUUGAAGGCCAUCGCAACCAUCGCUAAGGCCUACCGAGACUACUUGCACACCCUGGGCACACCAUCGGGUGAACCUUGA